GCCCGGAGGAGCAGUCUCAGAUCCUGACGGUGCAGCAGCCCGCAGCCUCAGCCCGGGAGUCCCAGCCGCUUUCAAUGGAGGAGAAGCCCGGCCAGCCACAACCUCAGCACCAUCACAGCCACCACCAUCCUGAUGCUUAUUUUAUGAAGAAAGCUUUUGAAACGUUAUCUAAAGUGUUGAGGUGGCUUUACAUGACCUAUUAUACUCAAACCUAUAAAGAGGGCCAGUUUAUCUUUAUCCAGAAGAGGGAGCAAGAGAGGACCAAAUGCUAUGGUGAACUAAAUGGUAAUGUUGGAGAAAGAGAAAUAUCUUCAAAGAACCUGGGUUCUGAUGAAGCUAUCAACCCCUUUUCCAGGGUCCUCAAUGGCAACCAGCAAGUUAUAGACACUAAUGUGAAGCAGACUGUGAAGGCCAGCACCUUUGGGAGAGCAGGAAUUAAAACCAAGAAUUUCAUUCAGAAAAACAGUAUGGACAAAAAGAAUGGAAAGUGUUAUGAAAAUAAAUCUGGAGAGAAUCAAUCUGUAGACAAGACGGACACUGUAGCAAUCCCAAAUGGUGUUGUAACAAAUAAUUCUGGCUAUAUUACUAAUGGUUAUAUUGGCAGAGGGGCAGAUAAUGAUGGUAGUGGAUCUGAGAGCGGAUACACCACUCCUAAGAAAAGGAAAGCUAGGCGCAACAGUGCCAAGGGUUGUGAAAACCUUAAUUUAGUGCAGGACAAAAUAAUGCAACAAGAGCUCAGUGUCCCAACCUUAAAACAGGGACUUGAAACUUUCAAGCCUGAUUAUAAUGAACAAAAGGGAAAUCGAGUGGAUGGUUCUAAGCCCAUUUGGAAGUAUGAAAGUGGGCCUGGAGGAACAAGUCGAGGAAAACCUGUGGGUGACAUGCUGCGGAAAAGCUCUGAUGUUAAACCUGGUGUGAGCAGCAAAAAGUUUGAUGAUCGACCUAAAGGAAAGCAUGCUUCAGCUGUUGCCUCCAAAGAGGAUUCGUGGACUCUAUUUAAACCACCCCCAGUUUUUCCAGUGGACAAUAGCAGCGCUAAAAUAGUUCCUAAAAUAAGUUAUGCAAGCAAAGUUAAGGAAAACCUCAACAAAACUGUACAGAAUUCUUCCUCGUCUUCAUCUUCAUCAUCAUCUACUGGGGAAACUCAGACCCAGCCUUCAAGUCGGUUGUCCCAGGUCCCUAUGUCUGCGCUGAAAUCUGUUACUUCUGCCAGCUUUUCUAAUGGGCCUGUUUUAGCAGGGACUGAUGCUAGUGUGUGUUCUCCGGGGGGCCAGCCACUGCUGACGACUACUGCUAAUACACCCAUCUCUUCUGGAACGGAUUCCGUUCUCCAGGACAUGAGUUUCACUUCAGCAGCUGUUGAACAAAUUAAGUCUAGCCUUUUCAUCUACCCUUCAAAUAUGCAAACUGUGCUGUUGAGCACAGCACCAGUGGAUCUGCCCUCUCAAACAGAUCAGCAAAACCUGGGGGACAUCUUCCAGAACCAGUGGGGCUUGUCAUUUAUAAAUGAGCCCAGUGCUGGCCCGGAGACUGCUAGCAGGAAGCCAUCAGAUCAUAAAGUAAUGGAGGUGACGUUUCAAGGGGAAGAUCCCGCUACUUCGGUUUCACAGGGUGCCGACAUGAUCCCCUCAGGAACUGAACAUCCUGUGUUUCCCAAGGCUUAUGACUUGGAAAAACGGACUAGUCCUCACAUGCUGGGUAACAUUCUGAAAUCCGGGACUGCCAGUGAGAGUGGAGCCUUAUCCUUGGAACCCAGUCAUAUAGGUGACCUGCACAAAGCAGACGCCAGUAGUCAAGGUGCUUUAGUGUUUCUCUCAAAGGACUACGAGGUAGAAAAUCAAAAUCCUUUGGCCUCUCCCACGAACACCUUGUUAGGCUCGGCCAAAGAACAGAAAUACCAGAGAGGCCUAGAAAGGAAUGAUAGCUGGGGUUCUUUUGACCUGAGGGCUGCUAUUGUAUAUCACACUAAAGAAAUGGAAUCUAUUUGGAAUUUGCAGAAGCAAGAUCCCAAAAGGAUAAUCACUUACAAUGAAGCCAUGGAUAGUCCAGAUCAAUGAAGGUAGCAGGACCAGACUGCCAAUUCGUAACCUUUCUGCAGCAUUGGAGCCACCGUUCACAGGGGACGCGAGGCUUCUAUGCUCCUAGAUCUUCAACGCAGCAGAGGAACCAUAAGUAGAAUCACAGGAUAAUAUAUACAAAUAUAUAUAUAAAUAUAUAUAGUUAUUUAAAAAAAGGCAACUGAAAGUAAUUAGACUUCUUAAGGAAUCAAAAAUUAUUUCAAGAGACUGCGUAUGGUUAUUUAAUCUCCGGUACUGAAUAGUUUUUUUCCCCUCCCCCUUUUGUUAGAUUUUGUUUUUAAGAGUGAAUGCAAGUGAUUAAUGAAUACAGACUUGACAAGUGUGGUUCUAAAAUUCUGCUGUCAUCAACUUGGGCAACAAAUGACCCACUGGAAAGGCAAAUCCACUUAAAAGAUCUCUGUAUCUUGUUCUGUGACUAAAGUGAUACACUAAUCAUGGGGAACCCAGAAUGAUUCAACCUUGCCCCCACUCCUCCCUGGAUCUUUCAGUUUCACUUGGAUGAUCCCUGCAAGAAUGCUGGAUAGAUAAAUGCCUUGAAGUUUGCAGGGGUUUUUUUGUUUUUGUUUUCUCUCUUUUUUUUUUUUUAGUGAAUAAGAUUUGCAUGUCUUGCCAGGAGUUAAGCUCAUCCUCUGGAGUGUUGGGGAGAUAUUUUUCCUUCUUUUUACUUUACUGUUUGUAGGGUG